GCUGAGCCUGGCAGGGAGAAAUCUGAACAUCCGCCAGCAGCAGGUCAUCACUGAGCAGCUUCUGAGCUCCAAGCUCUACGCCCUGAACAGGAGGCAGCAUUAUCUACAGUGAAUGAAAUUGGACAUUGAAGAAUGGAGGAUUCCAGCUUCAGCUACUAUAACACAUCCUCCAACGAUGGUGACAGUGACACUGAUGAAACCAGCAAUAUAGUGGUUUGGAUAAUCAUCGGCACUGGACUUUCUUUGAAUCUGGUGGCCAUAUUUGUCGUUUCAUCAAAGGUGAAAAGCGACCAAGUUGCUCCGGUGUCUAUCGUCAACCUUCUGAUUUCUCAUCUCAUCCAGUACUGCAGCACCAUUCCCUUGAUGCUUCAUUUUCAUGCAGUUACUGUUGUCUUCGAUUUUGGCUUCACAGCCAGUGUUGCAUUCAUGGUGUGUGUUUCCAUUGAAAGGUACCUGGCUGUUGCCAAACCGCUGUGGUACAGAUUCAGGCAGAACAUAAAGACCUCUGUGAUGGUGUCUGUGAUGGUCUGGAUGUUCUCUCUAGUUUUCACCCUGGCCUCCUUUUCAUCUGGAGAUCAACAGACAAAUAAAACCACCUUGGCUGUGUUUCUUCUCCUUCCAUUUCCCCUGUUCAUCUUUUUCCUAGCUGGGACGGUCAAAGCGUUGUCGGAAGCUCGAAGCGUCCCUGCUGAUGAGAAACGUCGAAUCAUUGCGAUCCUGGUCAUGGUGUUGCUCAUAUAUGCUGUGCUUUUCCUGCCCAUCAUAAUCUCUCUACUGUUGCCUCGAAGAAGCCCUGUUUUCAAGAAGAUGGUUUUGAUCUGUGCUGUUCUCAGUCCUCUUGCAGACGCGGCGAUGUUUGUUUUGCUGAGAAAAAGUGUAGUAGACAAGCUUUUGGCCUUGUUGUGUUGCUGUAAAACGCUGAAGAAUCAGGAGAUCAACGGCGCUGAUAAGGACAACCCUACGGCCGUCUCCACUGAAACAGUUUAGGUUCCACUGCUCUGCUUCAUUUCCUCAGCUAUUGCUGUGGACGACCUGCAAAGAAUCAGCUUUUAAUGAUGGAUUUUCAGCUAAAUAUGAUUAAUUAAAUUAAUUGAAUAUGAUUAAAACCAAUCAACUGGUUUUCCUUAGAUAGAAAACUUUGAA